GCGGAGGCGGCGCCCGGGCUUCCGGGCGGGUUGUCGGCGGCUCGGGCGCCAGGGCAGCGCUCGCCUAGGUGGUGGGCGGGGAGGGGCGGGAGGGAGGAAGGGAGCGGGCGCGAGGCUGCGGCGGAGGAGGAACUUGUUGCGCUCGCGACUGCGCGCUGCCGCUCCCCCCCGAUCCAGUUCGCCCGGGCGGGCGCGGCGGCGGCGGCGGCAGUGGCGAUGCGGCGCUACCUGCGCAUCGUGGUGCUGUGUCUGGCCUGCGGCUUCUGCUCGCUCCUCUACGCCUUCAGCCAGCUCGCUGUGUCCCUGGAGGAAGGAGCGGGCGGCGGUGGCGGGAAGCCGCAGGCCGCAGCGGCUUCCUGGCUCGCGGGCGGCGGACGCGGCGCCGCGAGAGGCGCGGGCAGCGCGGGCACCGCGGCGCAUCCCGGGCGGUCGGACAGGUGUAAAGAUUUCUCUCUGUGUUACUGGAAUCCCUAUUGGAUGCUGCCCUCUGAUGUUUGUGGAAUGAACUGCUUUUGGGAAGCGGCUUUUAGGUAUAGUCUGAAAAUACAGCCUGUUGAGAAAAUGCACCUAGCUGUAGUUGCCUGUGGUGAAAGACUGGAAGAAACUAUGACCAUGUUGAAGUCAGCUAUCAUUUUCAGCAUCAAACCUCUUCAGUUCCAUAUUUUUGCUGAAGAUCAACUACAUGAUAGCUUUAAAGGCAGACUUGAAAGCUGGUCAUUUCUACAAACAUUUAAUUAUACAUUAUACCCUAUAACCUUUCCAACUGAGAAUGCUGCGGAAUGGAAAAAGCUCUUUAAACCAUGUGCUUCCCAGAGAUUGUUCUUGCCACUAAUCCUGAAAGAAGUUGACUCACUAUUGUAUGUUGACACUGAUAUCCUUUUUUUACGACCCGUCGAUGAUAUUUGGUCUUUACUAAAGAAAUUUAAUUCGACACAAAUUGCUGCGAUGGCACCAGAACAUGAGGAGCCUCGAAUAGGAUGGUAUAAUCGCUUUGCCAGACAUCCAUACUAUGGAAAAACUGGAAUAAACUCUGGAGUUAUGUUGAUGAACAUGACUCGAAUGAGAAGGAAGUAUUUCAAGAAUGAUAUGACAACUGUACGACUACGAUGGGGAGAUAUACUUAUGCCAUUGCUUAAAAAAUACAAACUAAACAUCACAUGGGGAGAUCAAGAUCUAUUAAAUAUCAUAUUUUUUCAUAAUCCAGAUAGCCUUUUUGUUUUUCCGUGUCAAUGGAAUUAUCGACCGGAUCAUUGUAUAUAUGGAAGCAAUUGCCAAGAAGCAGAAGAAGAAGGAAUCUUUAUUCUUCAUGGGAACAGAGGUGUUUAUCAUGAUGAUAAGCAACCAGCGUUUAGAGCUGUUUAUGAAGCACUGAGAAAUUGUUCUUUUGAAGAUGAGGACAUCCGUUCCUUAUUUAAGUCUUUAGAACUGGAACUACAAAAGACAGUGCAUACAUACUGUGGAAAAAUUUACAAAAUAUUUAUCAAACAACUAACAAAAAGCAUAGGAGAUCGUUAUGACAGACCGCCAAAGGAAAGGUGAUUCUUGGUGACUGCUGAAUCAAGUGGAUGAAAACAACAAAGUAUCAGAGGAUUAAUGUGAAGGAAUAGUCUCAGAUGAAGUAUUCAGAAAGGAAUUAUUCAUCUCCAGAAUAAUUUUUUUCCUAAAGAAGUUAAAUGGGCAGUAUAUUCAUGUAGUGAAGAAUAAGUUAAAAUCUUGGGCUCCCGCAAGAAACAUUUUUGAUCUCUGAUGUUUUAUAAUGUUACUUGCUAUCAUUCCAGUAUUGAUUAAAAUAUAGAAUGGUUUUGGCCUGCAGACUUCUGUUGACUCUUACUCUCAAGUGAGUAAGAGCGGUGGGUCUGUAUGGAUGGAGAAAAUGUACCUCAUACACAGUGGAAACACUCAGACUGUGAGUAUAGCAAUAAUUUUAUGUCAGCACUAACCUCACUUGAAAUGUGUGAGAAAAAAGAUGUUUACAGGAGCAGAAAAGGUUCUGUUUCUAAAGAAAUGUGAUGUAACCAUUGACAAUCUAUGUGUGCCUUUAUACAUUUCAUCUCUGAAAAUAUUUUUGUGACAA